AUGCAGGGGGCUCUGACGCCCCUGUCUUCGCUGCCACCACCUCUGCUAAUGCUGCUGCUGCUGGGGUGCGGGCCGAGGGCGGCUGCCAGCGGUGGGGCCGCCGGGGCAGCGGGCUACCCGCCGGUGCAGUACGUGCAGCCCAUGCACAAAGGACCCGUGGGGCCGCCCUUCCGCGAGGGCAAGGGCCAGUACCUGGAAAUGCCUCUACCACUGUUGCCGAUGGACCUGAAAGGAGAGCCCGGACCCCCUGGAAAGCCUGGGCCACGGGGUCCCCCUGGCCCUCCUGGCUUCCCAGGAAAACCGGGCACCGGAAAACCUGGGCUCCAUGGGCAACCUGGCCCCGCCGGCCCCCCCGGCUUCUCCCGGAUGGGCAAGGCUGGUCCCCCAGGGCUCCCAGGCAAGGUUGGACCACCAGGGCAGCCGGGGCUUCGCGGGGAGCCAGGGAUUCGAGGGGACCAGGGCCUCCGGGGGCCCCCAGGGCCCCCUGGCCUCCCUGGGCCCUCAGGCAUUGCUGUCCCUGGAAAACCAGGCCCCCAGGGGGUGCCGGGGCCCCCAGGAUUUGGGGGGGAGCCAGGACCCCAGGGAGAGCCUGGGCCCCCAGGUGAUCGAGGCCUCAAGGGUGAAAAUGGAGUGGGCCAGCCAGGGCUACCUGGAGCCCCAGGGCAGGGGGGAGCCCCGGGGCCCCCGGGUCUCCCGGGUCCGGCUGGUUUAGGCAAACCAGGUUUGGAUGGGCUUCCUGGGGCCCCUGGAGAUAAGGGUGACACUGGACCUCCUGGGGUGCCAGGACCUAGGGGGGAGCCUGGGGCUCUGGGCCCAAAGGGGCCCCCUGGGGUGGAUGGGGUGGGGGCACCGGGGCCAGCAGGGUUGCCAGGGCCACAGGGCCCGCCAGGAGCCAAAGGGGAACCAGGGACCCGGGGCCCCCCUGGCCUGAUAGGCCCUACUGGUUAUGGGAUGCCAGGCCUGCCAGGUCCCAAGGGGGACAGGGGCCCAGCUGGGGUCCCAGGGCUCUUGGGGGACAGGGGCGAGCCAGGUGAGGAUGGGGAGCCGGGGGAACAGGGACCACAGGGCCCCGGGGGGCCCCCUGGACUUCCGGGAUCUGCAGGGCUCCCUGGCAGACGUGGGGUCCCUGGGCCUAAGGGGGAGACAGGGCCUAUAGGACCCCCAGGAGUGCCUGGCAUUCGGGGUGAUCAAGGGCCUAGUGGCCUGGCUGGGAAACCUGGGCUCCCAGGAGAGAGGGGGCUUCCAGGGGCUCAUGGACCUCCUGGACCGACUGGGCCCAAAGGUGAGCCAGGUUUCACGGGUCGCCCUGGAGGACCAGGGGCAGCAGGAGCCCUGGGGCAGAAAGGUGACCUGGGACUCCCUGGACAGCCCGGCCUGAGGGGCCCUUCAGGAAUCCCGGGACUUCAGGGUCCGGCUGGCCCUAUCGGGCCCCAGGGUCUGCCAGGCCUGAAGGGCGAACCAGGCCUGCCAGGGCCCCCUGGAGAGGGGAAAGUGGGGGAACCUGGUGUGGCUGGGCCGACAGGGCCUCCUGGGGUGCCAGGUUCCCCAGGACUCACGGGCCCUCCUGGGCCUCCUGGUCCCCCCGGCCCCCCCGGAGCCCCAGGGGCCUUCGACGAGACUGGCAUUGCUGGCUUGCAGCUGCCCAACGGUGGUGUGGAGGGAGCUGUGCUGGGCAAGGGGGUGAAGCCACAGUUGGGGCUGGGGGAGCUGUCGGCCCAUGCCACGCCCGCCUUCACCGCUGUGCUCACCUCGCCCUUCCCCGCCUCGGGCAUGCCCGUCAAGUUUGACCGGACUCUCUACAACGGCCACAGUGGCUACAACCCGGCCACGGGCAUCUUCACCUGCCCCGUGGGCGGGGUCUACUAUUUUGCCUACCACGUGCAUGUCAAGGGCACCAACGUGUGGGUGGCCCUCUAUAAGAACAACGUGCCGGCCACGUACACCUACGACGAGUACAAGAAGGGCUACCUGGACCAGGCAUCUGGCGGGGCCGUGCUGCAGCUGCGGCCCAACGACCAGGUCUGGGUGCAGAUGCCCUCGGACCAGGCCAACGGCCUCUACUCCACCGAGUACAUCCACUCUUCCUUUUCGGGAUUCUUGCUGUGUCCCACAUAACCUGUGCUGCCUGGCCUCCUCCUCUUUAGCGGUAGAGAGACCUUCUCACUUACCAAGAACCUCCAUUUAAAGGA